CCCCAGGCCCACACAUCCGGGCAUCUCUUAGAACAGUGAGUGGGGCAGGGGUAUCUGCUCCAGCUCCUUCCACACCCUGUAGCCUGGGCACCUAUGAAGAACAGCUCUGCAGAGGGGAGGGGCGGAGCCUAUGGGGAGGAAUAGGGAGAGAUUGUAGGGUGAAGAUGAGGGUGAAUGGUGUUGGCUCUGUCCUUGGCUGUCAGUGGAGUGCAGAUCUGGGCAUGGGGCUGGGAAUCCUGAUCAGACUCAGACUGUACUAGGCUGGUAGAGGAACUUUGAAAUUUCCAGGUACAUCUGAAAGGAGAGCUCCUCCUUCCCAGCUCCAGUGUGGUCAGAGGUGGCCACUAGGGAAGACUUUCCAGCCUCCUCCAGCCCCAGACCUGGGAGCCCUGGCUGCCCAGCACACUGACAUUCAAGUAGGGGAGUGACUUUGUAUGAUCUCUGCCCAGGGGACUGUCAAGAAAAAUUGGGGCCCAAAGUUGAAGGUGAGCAGGAAACCCUGUCCCCAAUGGUGAAUGCUGUGACUGGCACACAGGAAAAUAGAUGGAGUUCAGAAAAGGCUAAGCAGAAAAGAAGCUGCUAGGACUAGGCAAGAUGGUGGCUUGGGAGAUGGGCAGCCGGGCUUACUGCCUGGGGAGAUAAAUUUUAGAUGAGGGACAGCAGAGUACAAACCAGCUAGGAAGUAAGACUGUGCUUCUGGAAUGCCCAGGCAUGGAAUGGAGCCAGCUAGACUCAGGAUCAGCCUGCUUCCAGAAGGCCUGCUGGUUGGCUCCACACCUGUGGCUGAGUGAGCAGCCUCGGCAUGUACCAGGUGGCUGCAUUCUUCGCAAUGGUCAUGGGAACCCACACUCUCGGUGCCCAUGAAGGACUCCAGAAGGGCUGCAGCCAUCGGCCCAGCUGCUGCCCCAGGAAAGGGCAGGACUCCACUGAGGAAUGGCUGAAGUGGAGCACUGUGCUCAUGACUCCCCCAGAACCAGCUAGCCUCGCCCCCUACUCAGAAUCCUGCAGGUCCAGUGAAGACGGACCCCUCAACAGCAGGGCCAUCUCCCCCUGGAGAUACGAGUUGGACAGGGACUUGAACCGGUUCCCCCAGGACCUGUACCACGCCCGUUGCCUGUGCCCACACUGCGUCAGCCUCCAGACAGGCUCCCACAUGGAUCCCCUGGGCAACUCGGAGCUGCUGUACCACAACCAGACCGUCUUCUACCGGCGGCCGUGCCGUGGCCAGCAGGCAGCCCACAGUGGCUACUGCCUGGAGCGCAGGCUCUACCGUGUCUCCUUGGCUUGUGUGUGUGUGCGGCCCCGUGUGAUGGCCUAGUUGUGCCUGCCUGAGGCUGGUCCCCUGUCGGGAAGACCGGAGCCAGCUGUACCACCACCUGCCACUAUGGGCCAGGACACUCGAAUACUCGGCCCCUGCAAAGCAGCACCUGGAGCAGCUGGAUCCUGGAACAGGAUGGGGGCCUUCGGAGGCAACCGCACUUUUGCAUUUUUUUGGAAGCACUUUUUAAAGGGAGCAGCUGCUGCUUAGGGCUGCUGGAAGCUGGUGUCUUGGCAUUUCCUCUCAGGGAAGUUCUUCAAAGCUCUGCCCAUUUCUUGAAGCCACCACUCCUAUAUCUUUUUCUCCCACUGCCCUGGCCCAGCACAAGCACUUUCUUGAUAUUUUCCCUUUGCCAGUGCAGAGCCCUUCAUUUUAUUUGUUCAUUCAUUCAUUCAUCAGACACUCAGCAAGCAUCAACUUUGGGCACAUUCUGGUGUAGUUACUAGUCUUCUGACAUGGAUCAUUCUGAAGAAGAAGCUGUUAUUGAACAUGGAGUGAUUUAUCCAAAUAAAUAUCUGUAUUAAAAAACGCCUAACCUGUCCCUGGCAUCCAUGGUGCCAGAACAUCUUGUGGUCUCCCAGCCUGUCCCUUUUGCUCCCCACUGUCAGCCCUCACCUUCAGCCCACCCUGC